AUGGACGCUACCGAGAACCAGACCGCGCGACCCUCCAAGAUCAGUCGCUUACCAGGCCCGACGGCGCAUGCCGGAGGACUGACGGAAUGGAGCGAGUCACAACAGAAUGCUCGAACCCAGUCGUCCAUCCCCGCGCCGCCUAAGACGAGGGGCCUGAAGCGCGAGAUCCCCCAGUCCGCGCCCCAAUCCGAGGCCAAGCGCAGACCCCUCUCUGAACGUGCACUCGACUAUCCUUCAAAAACUCCCACAUCGGGCCUUCAGAUACCACGAUCCGCCGUCAAAGGCCAAUCCUUGGCCAACAUCUCACAACUUAAACUGCCGCGACCGGCGUCUACAAUCCCUUCAGUAAGCAACAGCUUCGCAAAGGCCUUUGGUCCAGAUCGAAACGGCGCCGCGGAGAAAUCAUCAGUUCCCAAACCAAUCACACGACCCAAUCAUGCGAGAUCGAAAAGUCAAGUAGCACGGCCCCGGACGGCACAGGGAUUUCGGGAUGAGGAAGAGAAUGAUGCGACGGAUACCUUUGAUGCCGAUGAACGAGUCCGCAUUACGGAGUUGCACUUUCAAGAAUUAAAGAAGACCGUAACGGACGCCAUGGUGCACACGACACAACAGGAGAAAACAUACAUGGCCAAUGCCCUGGAAUUGGUCAAUAAAAAGGCCUCGGAGUUGGAAAGCUACAAGGCAAGAUUAGAAAGCGACAAGUCAAAAUUGGAGAGCACAGCCGAGUUCCUGACGAAGCGAGUCUCGGAGUUGGAAAGCGACAAGUCAAGACUAGAAGAUAAGACUGAAGUCUUGAAAUCAGAUCUCGAUGCCUCUAAAGAAGAAAGUCGGAGAUUGCAGCACGAUUUAGAGAAGCUUGAAUGGGACCACUCUCGACAAAUUGACGAUCUUACUAGAAAGCACAAAGCCGAAUUGGACGAUCUUUCGCGGCAACACCGGACAGCAAUGGACGAUCUGAGCCGGGAACUCGAACGGCUAAAAACACAAGAGGCGAAUGAUCAUAAGCAACAGAUUGACGCAUUAAAUCGACGGCAUCAGCAAGAAUUACGAGAUGAGCAGCAGAAACGAGAACAAGAGCUUCAAAACCUACGAAGCAAAAUGGGAAAUGAGCAACAGGAAGCGGAGAUUGUUCUGCAGAAAAAAGAUCGAGAGGUGCGGAACAUGCGUUCAGAGGCGGAAGGUGUACGAUCAGAUCUCCAGCGGGAGAAGGCGCUUACCGGCAGUUUGCAAACGAGCAUCUCCGAGCUCUCAGCAUCCAACACGACACUGGAAGCGAAAAUCAACUCUCUCCGAUCCCAAGUCGAAUUUCUCGAAUCCGACACCAAGGCGCAAUCCGAUGCAUUCGCCGCCAUGGAGGACAGGCUUCAAGAUGCUCUGAGAUUUGCCGAAGAAGCACGACAGAAGCUCAUGAAGGAAGAAACAGAGCGUCGCGUGCUCUUCAACAAGUAUCAAGAGCUCAAGGGCAAUAUCCGCGUCAUGUGUCGAGUUCGACCACCUCUUGGAAACAGCGAGGGCCAGGUGGCGCAGCUUGCCUAUCCCGACGACAAGACCUCCGCCGAGAUCCUGGUUGCUGGGCCUGAGGAGAAGACCAGCCUUGGAGUUGUUCAGAGGAAGAGCUAUCCGUUCGAAUUUGAUCGAGUGUUUACACCCGAGAUACAAAACAAUGAAAUCUUUGACGAAAUAUCUCAGCUGGUACAAAGCGCUCUGGACGGCUACAAUGUGUGUAUUUUCUGCUACGGCCAAACAGGGUCAGGAAAGACGUAUACCAUGUCAUCACCGGAUGGCAUGAUUCCGCGAGCUACACACAUGAUAUACGACACAGUAACUAAGCUAAAGGAGAAGUCGUGGGAUUAUACCUUGGAGGGAUCAUUCGUCGAGGUUUACAAUGAAGAACUAAACGAUUUGUUAACACCCAACGAGCGCACUGCCGACGGGCGACUAACAAGGAAACUCGAAAUCCGACAUGAUGAAAUUCGAAAGCAGACGACCAUUAUAGGCUGCAAAUCGGUUCAGCUAAACUCCGCCGACACUGUGGAAUUGAUGCUGGAAGAGGCACAGAAGAAUCGGUCCGUAGCGGCCACAAAGGCCAACGAGCGGUCCUCUCGGUCUCACAGCAUUUUCAUCCUCAAACUCAUUGGCGAAAAUUCAGCAACGGGCGAACGAUGUGAGGGCACUCUCAACUUGGUUGAUCUAGCUGGAUCUGAACGCCUGAAGCAUUCGCAAGUCGAGGGCGAAAGGAUGAAGGAGACACAGAAUAUCAACAAGAGCUUGAGUUGCCUGGGAGAUGUGAUUGAAGCUCUAGGAAGAGGAUCAGGCCAUAUUCCGUAUCGAAACUCCAAGCUCACACACCUGCUGCAAUACAGCCUGGGCGGAAACAGCAAAACACUCAUGUUCGUCAUGGUAUCACCAUUGGAGACUCAUCUGAAGGAGACCCUAACCAGCUUGAGAUUUGCCACAAAGGUGCACAAUACGCAUAUUGGCACAGCAAAAGCAACCAAGAAGAUCAAAGGAGAUUUAUAA